AUGGCUCGGCCUGACCCGUCCGCGCCGCCUUCGCUGCUGCUGCUGCUCCUGGCGCAGCUGGCGGGCCGGGCGGCCGCCGCCUCCAAGGCCCCGGCGUGCCAGGAGAUCACAGUGCCCAUGUGCCGCGGCAUCGGCUACAACCUGACGCACAUGCCCAACCAGUUCAACCACGACACGCAGGACGAGGCAGGCCUGGAGGUGCACCAGUUUUGGCCGCUGGUGGAGAUCCACUGCUCUCCGGACCUGCGUUUUUUCCUGUGCUCCAUGUACACGCCCAUCUGCCUGCCGGACUACCACAAGCCGCUGCCGCCCUGCCGCUCGGUGUGCGAACGCGCCAAGGCCGGCUGCUCGCCGCUCAUGCGCCAGUACGGCUUUGCCUGGCCGGAACGCAUGAGCUGUGACCGCCUCCCGGUGCUGGGCCGCGACGCCGAGGUCCUGUGCAUGGAUUACAACCGCAGCGAGGCCACCACGGCUCCCCCCAGGCCCUUCCCUGUCAAGCCCACCCUCUCCAGCCUGCCUGGGUCGCCGGCCUCGGGGAGCGACUGCGCCGCGGGGGGUCCGUCGGUGUGCAAGUGCCGCGAGCCCUUCGUGCCCAUUCUGAAGGAGUCACAUCCGCUUUACAACAAGGUGCGGACGGGCCAGGUACCCAACUGCGCGGUGCCCUGCUACCAGCCGUCCUUCAGCCCCGACGAGCGCACGUUCGCCACCUUCUGGAUCGGCCUGUGGUCUGUGCUGUGCUUCAUCUCCACCUCCACCACGGUGGCCACCUUCCUCAUAGACAUGGAACGCUUCCGCUACCCGGAGCGCCCCAUCAUUUUCCUGUCAGCCUGCUACCUUUGCGUGUCGCUGGGCUUCCUGGUGCGCCUGGUCGUGGGUCAUGCCAGCGUCGCCUGCAGCCGCGAGCACAGCCACAUCCACUACGAGACUACGGGCCCUGCGCUGUGCACUGUCGUCUUCCUGCUAGUCUACUUCUUCGGCAUGGCCAGCUCCAUCUGGUGGGUCAUCCUAUCGCUCACCUGGUUCUUGGCAGCCGGCAUGAAGUGGGGCAACGAGGCCAUCGCGGGCUAUGCGCAGUACUUCCACCUGGCCGCGUGGCUCAUCCCCAGCGUCAAGUCCAUCACCGCGCUGGCCCUGAGCUCCGUGGACGGGGACCCGGUGGCCGGCAUCUGCUACGUGGGGAACCAGAACCUGAACUCGCUGCGUGGCUUCGUGCUGGGGCCGCUGGUGCUCUACCUGCUGGUGGGCACGCUCUUCCUCCUGGCGGGCUUCGUGUCACUCUUCCGCAUCCGCAGCGUCAUCAAGCAGGGCGGCACCAAGACGGACAAGCUGGAGAAGCUCAUGAUCCGCAUCGGCAUCUUCACGCUGCUCUACACAGUGCCCGCCAGCAUCGUGGUGGCCUGCUACCUGUACGAACAGCACUAUCGCGAGAGCUGGGAGGCCGCGCUCACGUGCGCGUGCCCGGGCCCGGACUCCGGCCAGCCGCGCGCCAAGCCCGAGUACUGGGUGCUCAUGCUCAAGUAUUUCAUGUGCCUCGUGGUGGGCAUCACGUCGGGCGUCUGGAUUUGGUCCGGCAAGACUGUGGAGUCGUGGAGACGCUUCACCAGCCGCUGCUGCUGCCGUCCGCGGCGGGGCCACAAGAGCGGCGGCGCCACGGCCGCGGGGGACUACGCCGAGGCAAGCGCCGCGCUCACGGGCAGGACCGGGCCCCCCGGCCCCGCCGCCGCCUACCACAAGCAGGUGUCCCUCUCGCACGUGUAG